AUGGUCCUUCAAAUAGCCCCAGAGAAAAAAGUAUGGGCCGUCAAAUCAGAUAUUGUUUCCAUGGCAACGGCAAAUACAUGCCAGAAUACUGAUGUAGUACCAAAGUUGGAAAUCAUCAAAAGUGAGGUUCUAGAGAAAUUCAGUGACGGCCAUGAUGAGUUUAAAAUUAGAAUAGAUAGCGAAAUGAAGGACGCAAGUGAUAAGGUUGAUGCGCUGAUAAAAUUACUAGACGCAGGCCGUGUUUGGUGGGGAGAUUGGGGCGACUGGACUCCAUGCGACAAUACAAUUUGCAACAUAGCCCAUAGAAAAAGGCUUUGUUUCGGGGAAGAUGGCCAGAAGGUAGAACCCUCCUCUACAUGCAGCGUAUUAGGUGGUACAGAUAUUGAGCGCAAAGAGUGCUGUAAAGUUGUCAACAGAACGGAGGAGUAUGACAAAAUAUACAGGACAGGUUCAUUACCAAGUGCAUAUGUGAACGCUAUUGGUUCCAAUGUUAAAGUAUAUCAGAGAGAAAUGCUAUCAUGGGUAGUUUCCUUAAAGUUUAAAAAGGCAGGAGGGAGCGAAUGGGAGCAUAAGUGCGGAGGUGUGAUUUUAAGUAACAUAUGGGUUGUUACAGCGGCUCAUUGCAUCACUGACAAAAGCCUUGGAUGCUGGAACAAAGACGAGAAAAAGCUCACAUGCGAUAUGAAGAGUUGGAAAAUAACAGCGGGUGAAUGGAGGUUGAAACGUACAGAGACAACAGAACAGACUAGAGAUGUUGAACAUAUUGUUGUACACAACAAAUAUCACGAGGGUCUUCAAGAGCACAAAAAUGACAUUGCUCUUAUUAAACUUAGCAAGGGACUGGAUUUUAUGAACAAACCAUACGUCCAGCCCAGCUUAUUGCCUGCUAGAAUCUGUAUUAAAGUCUCUCAUGGUAUUUGUUCACUGAGUCACCAAGCCUGGGCUACAAAUGCUGGUUGUUUUACAACUGGUUGGGGACUAAAAGUCGGUUCAUCCCAAAAUAAUGAUAAAGGCCGGAUAAUUAAAGUGUGGAUGGAGGAAAGACACGACACCUAUAUUAAACCUACUAUCAGAUCAGAGCGUAUUCCAGGCGAGAGACCACUUUGUGAGGGAUACAGUGGAAGUGCGUUGAUGUGUGACCUGAAUAAAACAGAGAUGGUGUACAUGCCUCCACAACCCGCAGUGGUUCUUGGUGUGAACAGCCUCAUAAAAUUAUCAGGCUGUACGAAAGAGCAAAAGAACCACACACAUACAGAUUUGGCCUACCACAUGCAAUGGAUCGCAGACACUGUUAUGGGCUGGAUCCAAUGGGGGGAGUGGAGUAAAUGUAGGAGUGGAGAGCGACAAAGAUUGAGAUCUGGGUUCUUCCCAGAAUAUGGUUACCUACCAGCCGAUGGACCAAUUUACCAGAGCUAUACCGGGGAUGUACUUGAAAGUGAGACUAAAGAUUGUGACGAUACGACCAGUACAACAGCUAAACCAACAACAAUGGAUAAUGUGUGCUACAUAAUGACCAACUGGGGCUUCAGGAAAACCGACCCACAAUUAUUCUACUGGCAGAUAGAGCCAUGUUCUGAUAUGGCAUACACAAUAUGUGUGAUUGAAGAAGACGCAAAUGGUAAAUGUCCAAGACCCUUCACAACGUACCACGUGGGUAAGAUGUGUUACUUUGUCAAGAAGAGUUGGAGAGUACAUAGCAAAAUAAAGGAAAGUUGCGAGGAACUGAAACCUGGCAAGUCGUUCAUUCUGAAAGCUAACUCGGACGCAUUGGCAUUAGGAGCAAAGAUCACAGAAAGUCGAAGAUACUUUCAUGAAUUCAAAGUCGAGUCUUCUGUGGCUUUAUCUGACCCCUGUCUGAACUGUACCCCUAAAGUUGGCGUCUGCACAAAACGACAAAAUGGAGAGAGAUUUUGCAAAUGCCUAGCAACUGUUAGUAAACGAAACAAAAAGUAUUGCUCCACAUCAAGAUAAUUUGCAUAAUCACACGAGAUUUGAAGUGUGUUUUUGAUUCUGACGGACAACAAUGACUAGUUUAGUACCUACAUGCACUUACAGACAGGAGUUUUUAUUUAGCCAGUUCCAGUAUAUUUAUUAUUUGAGUGUUAAAAACAGAAUAAACAUACAUACGUGGAAUUGUUUAUAAAUUUAUCAUUACAUUUUUGGUCCACACUUCAUUUCAUUUCUAGUAUCUUGGUCCCUACACUACAGCUCCACGACGACCGUGACCUCUGGUCGUUUUAGAUGUUUUACAUAAGGUCCUGACAUCUAUCGAAAAGUUGGCCGUUAGGAACGUUGUGACUGCAGUUUC